UGAUUUUUUUCUCAAUUCGCUCAAACUGUCAUAAUUAUUCCUUGACAAGUUCACAACUAAUUUCUAUGGUGCUAAAAUGAGUAAAAUUGCUUGAGUUAGGUUUUUAAAACUUUAUUGUAGGGCAUUAAAUUUUCGGUGUAAUUAUAUAUUUAUUUCAGCACAAAAUGGGCGAAGGUUCAUUGACAAGAAAUGAAAUAGUACAGUUACUAGUACGGUUAUCAUUAGUUUCUGCCGUUACAUACUUUUCACUAAAAUGGGUUAUGAGCCACAUUGAUCCCACUAAUAAAAAUAAAAAGAGUGCAAAAACAAAAGCUGAGGAGCAACUACGAAGGAUUGGUUUAACUGAAAAUUUAGCUGUUGGCAUAGAAAAUCUCAAUGAAUAUGAAAUGAUGAUUGCAUCUCAUUUAGUUGUACCAAAAGAUUUAAAAGUGACUUGGAGUGAUAUAGCAGGAUUAGAAUCAGUUAUACAGGAAUUAAGAGAAACUGUUAUAUUACCUAUACAAAGAAAAGAAUUGUUUGAAGGAUCUUUACUUACUCAGGCACCAAAAGGAGUACUGUUACAUGGACCACCAGGCUGUGGAAAAACUUUAAUUGCAAAGGCUACUGCCAAGGAGGCAGGUACAAGGUUUAUCAAUCUCGAUGUUUCAAUUUUAACUGACAAAUGGUAUGGAGAAUCACAAAAACUUGCUGCUGCUGUUUUUUCACUUGCCAUUAAAUUACAGCCUUGUAUAGUCUUUAUUGAUGAAAUUGAUUCUUUUCUCCGGAGUAGAAACUCACAUGAUCAUGAGGCUACUGCAAUGAUGAAAGCGCAGUUUAUGUCAUUAUGGGAUGGUUUGAAUACUGAUCCCCAUUGCACUGUAAUUAUCAUGGGUGCAACAAAUAGACCUCAAGAUUUAGAUAGAGCAAUUCUGCGGCGUAUGCCAGCCACAUUCCAUAUUGGCAUGCCCAUAAGACAACAAAGAUUCAAGAUACUAGAGCUUAUUUUAGAAAAUGAACCUAUUUCAGAUGAAGUUGAUUUAGAUGAAUUAUCUAAACUCACUGAGGGAUUUUCAGGAUCAGACUUAAGGGAAUUAUGCCGAAAUGCUUCUGUGUAUAGAGUUAGAGAUUAUAUGCACACUGAAUCACCUUUGGUGCCACACAUACAAGACGCAGAAGAGGAAUUUCAUGAUGCUCUACGACCAAUUACAAUGGAUGAUUUAACACUUAGUUUUAAGAAAAUGAGAGCAUCUAAAUUUCAUUGUGGCACAUUAGCAGCAAAAACAGAAUCAAGGAUAGAUCUGGAUUAGUAGCAAACUUUAAUUUUCAUUAAUCGCAUCUGUAAAAAUGUAGUUUUUUAAGCCUAGCUCGAGUCUGUCAGAAA